AUGACAAGCAAUAACAGCACCACAACGCCCUCUCUGGAGGUGGCCGUUGUAGGGGGUGGCGUCGUCGGUGUCAUGACAGCGCUCGGUCUCAUCCGCCGAGGCAUCAAGGUAACUAUCUACGAACGCUCGUCCAACUGGCAUGAGAUUAGCGCUGGCUUUGCAUUUACCGGCGUGGCCCGAGAGUGCAUGCAGCGCUUGGAUCCCGGCAUCCUCGAUGUGCUGGGUCGCAUCAGUCAGAAGACGGACCCCAACGACUCAAGCACAACCUACUGGAACGCCUACCACCCACAGACAAAGCAGGAAGCCGAGGAUGAGUCGACGUCGCUGCUCUUUCAGCUGCCCGGAAACAAGCUCGCCUUCUGGGGUUGUGUACGCUCGCAAUUCCUGCUGGGCAUGGUCGGCUUACUACCCGAGGGCGUAGCCAAGUUUGGGAAGCAGCUCGUGAGCUAUGAUGACAACGAUGAAAAAGAAAAAGUUGUUCUGCAUUUCGCCGACGGAAGCACCGCCGAGGCAGACGUCGUGCUUGGAUGCGACGGCAUCCACUCGACCACCCGAAAGACGCUUCUCGGGGCUCAACAUCCAGCCACUCGGCCAAGCUACACUCACACAGUCGCCUACCGCACCAUGCUGCCCAUCGAAGCCGGCAUUGCUGCCCUUGGUGAGGACAAGGCAAAGAGAGCGUGUAUGCACUGUGGUCCUAACGCCAACAUGAUGUCUUACCCUGUCAUGAAUGGAACUCUUCUGAACGUUGCCUUCUUUGCCCACGAAUCGUCAGAAUUUCCUGACCCGGAGAAAAUGACGGCUCCGGGCACACGAGAAGAGCUCGAGCGCGUCGUCGUCGGUUGGGGUCCGCAUCUGGUAGAACUUACCAAGCUCUUCCCCGACAACAUGGUCAAGUGGGGGAUCUUUGACAUGGAUGGAAACCCGGCCCCAACAUACGCACGUGGCCGCGUCUGUCUUGCUGGUGACGCUGCCCAUGCCAGCAGUCCAUUCCAGGGCGUCGGAGCCUGCAUCGGCGUUGAAGACGCCCUUGUGCUCUGCGAGGCCUUGGCUGCGGUACAGGCCAGUGAUAACAGUUAUGGUGACGGUGGCAAUCAUAACCAGAGAGAGGCCAUUGAGCACGCACUACAAGCUUACAGCCUGGCAAGGAUAGAUCGUGGCCAGUGGGUUGUGAGAAGCUCACGCGAGUUGGGCGAGAUCUAUCAGUGGCGAUAUGGCCCAACGGGGAGAGACGCCGAGAGGAGCAAGUUGAAGCUUGAGCGAGCUUCCCGAACCGUGUGGGACUAUGAUGUUGAGAAGAUAGUAACAGAGAUAAGAGCUGCAGCAGCUUAA